AAAAAAAACAACUAAUAACACAAUGCAAAUUUUCGUUAAAACAUUAACAGGAAAGACUAUCACUUUAGAAGUUGAAUCCAACGAUACUAUUGAAAAUGUUAAGAGCAAGAUUCAAGAUAAGGAAGGUAUUCCUCCAGAUCAACAACGUUUGAUUUUCGCUGGUAAACAAUUGGAAGAUGGAAGAACCCUUUCUGACUAUAAUAUUCAAAAGGAAUCAACCCUUCACUUGGUCCUCAGAUUGAGAGGUGGUAUGCAAAUCUUUGUCAAGACUUUGACUGGUAAGACUAUCACUUUAGAAGUUGAAUCAAACGACACUAUUGAAAAUGUUAAGUCAAAGAUCCAAGACAAGGAAGGAAUCCCUCCAGAUCAACAAAGACUUAUCUUUGCUGGUAAGCAAUUGGAAGAUGGUAGAACUCUCUCUGACUAUAACAUUCAAAAGGAAUCAACUUUGCAUUUGGUUUUAAGAUUAAGAGGUGGUAUGCAAAUUUUCGUUAAAACACUCACUGGUAAAACUAUCACUCUUGAAGUUGAAUCAAAUGAUACUAUUGAAAAUGUCAAGUCUAAAAUUCAAGACAAAGAAGGAAUUCCACCAGAUCAACAAAGAUUGAUUUUUGCUGGUAAACAAUUAGAAGAUGGAAGAACCUUAUCUGAUUACAAUAUUCAAAAGGAAUCUACUUUGCACUUAGUUUUGAGAUUGAGAGGUGGUAUGCAAAUUUUCGUCAAAACAUUAACAGGAAAGACAAUUACAUUGGAAGUUGAAUCCAAUGAUACUAUUGAAAAUGUCAAAUCAAAGAUUCAAGAUAAGGAAGGUAUCCCUCCAGAUCAACAACGUUUGAUUUUCGCUGGUAAACAAUUAGAAGAUGGAAGAACAUUAUCCGAUUAUAAUAUUCAAAAGGAAUCAACUCUUCAUCUUGUUUUGAGAUUAAGAGGUGGUAAUUAAAUAAAUUUGUAAUAAUUUAAACU